AUGCAGAAUGCAGAUGCAGAAUGCAGAACCCAGGCGCCCGUCGCCGAGGAGGCCGUCGCCGAGGAGGCUGCCAAGGAGGUCGAGAAGCCGGCCAAGACCGUUUCCAACACGCCCGACCUAGCGGCGCUGGCCCGCCGCGGGACCGGAUCAGGCGGCUACACGAAGGCCGCGGCCGUCCAGUGGCUGCUCCUCGUCUGCGCCCCCGCCUCCGGCCACUGCGCGGCCGCCGUGCCUAGCCCGUCGGCGGUAGCCUCUGCCUUCUCGUCUGCCGUUGCCUCGGCGACCUGCGUCGCCUCGGCGGCGUCCUCGGCCUUCCCUCCCGCCGUCGCCUCGAUGGCGUCCUCGCUUGCGAGCAGCUCGUCGCUUCUUGUGCCCGCCCUCGCGCUUCUCCUCCUCACCAUCGCUUGCGGCGCCGCCUGGCCGACCGCGGCGAGCGGGAAGAGGGCUCGCGGUAUCGCGCGGGCCCCCGCCCUCCGCCUCAUCACGGCCGCCGCGUUCAUCCCCGGCGCAGCGGCUUCGCCCGCGGGCUUCUUCGCGCCGAGCGCUUCCUCGUGGCUCGGGUGGGGCGUUCUGCCCAUCGCCGCGAUCGCCGCCAGCGUGCUGCGCCGCCCCAGUUCGACGAAGGAGGCUUGCGCGUCUACGGCCGACUCAGUCUCGAAUCCGCCGUCGCCACCGGAAAUGACACCGGCCUCGCGGGAGAAGCGCAGCAAACGGCAGCGCGACAUUGGCCUGCUGGUGCUCGGAGUGCUGUCGUUCGAACUGCUCUGGCCCAGCGUCAAGCCCGGCGGCCGAUACUUUGUCGAGGACAUGUGCGUGGGCCGCCGUUCUCCGUGGGCCGACGGCAACCCCGUGCCGAUCGACAUCUUCACCUACUGGAUGAACCAGGCAAGCCUCGCGAGCCCCCCAACCCUCACCAUGAUUGACCGCAGCAAGCAGCACCACUUUGGCAAGGGCUUUGGAGCGAGCAGCUUUCCAGAGAUGCCUACCGACCUUGCAUACGUCGCGUGCUUCGACUGCGCUUGCGUGCUCGGCAAGGACGCAGGCAUGGGCUACCGUCACGUCUCCGCCGGGGGCGCAAACUGCGCGGCCCGGCCGUACGCGAGCGUUGUCGAAUGA